CCAACAGUAGUAGUCACGGUCAGUCAUGGGUCGCCCUCAGGUGCAGAUGUGGACAUGGACACUGUGUGUUUUUCUGAGCUGGAUUUGUGUGGAUCAAGCGUUGGGAGAACCCCAGUAUAUAGUUGCCAUUCCAGCCGUUCUUGAAGCUGGAGCUGAAACUAAAUUGUGUGCGAGUCUCCUGAAGCCCAAUGAGACUCUGGUCAUGACCAUCACGUUAGUUUCUGGAGAAGAGAGAAGAACCCUUCUCAAGCCAACGUCCAGUGAGGAGUUUCACAUCUGCACUCAGUUUAAGGUUCCUUUAGCUGAAAAUCGAAAGGUGGUGAAUCUUGAGGUGGAAGUCGAAGGCAACACAUAUUACUCUAAACAUGUCAGAAAAGUUAUGAUCAAAGUCUAUGAAGCAAUGACUUUCAUCCAAACAGACAAACCGCUCUACCUGCCUGGACAAACAGUGAAGUUCAGAGUUGUCACUCUGGACACAAAGUUUAGACCUGCCAACCAGUUGUACAAUGUCAUUGAAAUGAAGGACCCAAAAAAUAACCAGAUUGGACAAUGGCUGAAAAAAACAUCCAACGGUAAAAUCUUGCAACUUUCUCACUCCCUGAUUUCUGAAGCUUGUGAAGGAACCUACAUGAUCACAGUGUCCAUUGAUGAACUAGGAAUUAAAGUGUAUCACUACUUCAAAGUUGGGAAAUAUGUGCUGCCUAAGUUUGACGUAAAAAUAGUUGCAUCCAAUGAAAUAAGUAUUGCACAGGAAGAAAUCAAAUUUGAAGUAUGUGCAAAGUACACGUAUGGGCAGUCUGUGCCAGGAAACGUUCAAAUGGAGGUCUGUCGACCGAUAUACACCUAUAUUGUUGGUACUCAUGUAUUUUCUCCCGAACAUCCAGAGGGCGAGGUAAUCGCUCCCUGCUACAAAGAAACAAAGCAGACGGAAAAGACAGGCUGCGCUACCUUUACAUUAAAGAUGUCAACUUUUACAAAAGUUGACCACAAGGUGCUUGAAGACGUCCUGGAUGUCCGUGCCAGCGUGGAAGAGGAGGGAACAGGUUUUUCACACCAACAAGAGAAGAAAAUAUCUUUAUCAUAUGUUGCUGGUAGAUUUUCUUUUAUUGAUACGCCCAAGAUUUAUCAACAAGGAUCAAACGUGGAGGGAAAAGUUAAAGCUUCGUAUCAUAAUACCAAACCCAUUGCUGGCAUGACACUGUACCUGUUUGAGGGGGAAAGUUGGCCAUUACACCUGCUACAAACUCUGACUGCUGACAGUGAAGGUGUCGCCUCAUUCUCGUUAAACAUGACAAACUACAACAGGGACAUCGCCCUCCACGUUAGCAACAAAGCUACAAGGAAAUACCCCAUGUACAGGACCGUUUACUAUGAAGAUGGAAAUCACAGGUUGUCUCUAGCACGGCAGGAGUCUCCUGACACUAAAACAGUCAGCUCCCUGGAGGUAAAGAACAAAGAUAAACCACUUCCCUGUGACACAGAGGAGGACGUCUUCAUUCAGUACACUCUGGUUGGAGAGACCAAGGGCAACGUGGACGUGAUGUAUCUGGUCUUAUCCAGAGGAGCCAUCAUCACGCAAGGACUGAAAGAAAUAAAAAUGCAAAACAAACCAGUGAAUGAGGGUGAGGUGUCCUUUAAGCUAAAGGUAUCUCCAGACAUGGCACCAGAUGUACAGGUUGUAGCUUACGCUGUCCUCCCCAGUAGGACAGUCAUCGCCAACAGUACAGACUUCUCCACAGAGAAAUGCUUCAGGAACAAGGUGUCGUUGGAGUUCUCUCCGUCCUCAGCUGUUCCAGGAGAGGAGACCACCCUGAAGGUGACGGCCUCACCUGAUUCGCUGUGUGGCGUCAGUGCUGUUGACCAGAGUGUCCUCAUUCAGGAGCCAGGGAAGAGUCUGGAUGCAGAUAAGAUAUUUGAUUUGCUGCCUGUCAAAAAAGCUUCAUCUUUUCCAUAUGGGGUUGAGGAUCCUACUGAGUGUCUGUCUGUCAGAAUGAGGAGAACUAUUUUGGCCCGUCCUCAACAUAAUCUGGACAUAAACGAUGCUUUUACAGUGUUUAAGAAUGUUGGACUGAAGUUGGCAACAAACCUGUUUAUUCAAAUGCCUUCAUGUGUCACAUUCAAAGGAACACAAUUCUACAAUAAAAUGUUUUAUGGAACGGGGGUGUCAGCAGGAGAUCUAGAUACAUCUGGUAAUUGGUAUGUAAAUAGUUUUGGACGUUUUGGUGUCAAUGCGCGUCAACCAAUUGUAACAAUCCGGACUUUAUUCCCUGAGACGUGGAUAUGGGACCUGGUGGAAGUUGGAGAGUCUGGACAGAAGGAUGUGUCCCUCACGGUCCCAGACACCAUCACCACCUGGGAGACGGAGGCUUUCUGUUUGUCCCCUCAGGGUUUUGGUUUGGCUCCUCGUAAACAGAUCAAGGUCUUCCAGCCCUUCUUCCUGGAGCUCACUCUGCCCUACUCCAUCAUCCGGGGGGAGAACUUUGUGCUGAAGGCGACUGUCUUCAACUACCUCAGCAGCUGCAUCAUGGUCACUGUGACUCCUGCCCCGUCUCCACAUUACACCCUCACUCCUCUCUCUGGUGACCAGUACACGUCCUGUCUGUGUGGCAGCGAGCGUAAAACCCUCAGCUGGACCAUGGACCCGUCCAGUCUAGAAAAAGUGAAUGUGUCUGUCAGCGCUGAGGCUGUAGCGUCUCAUGCUAUAUGUAACAAUGAGAUAGUGAGCGUUCCAGACAGAGGUCGUAUCGAUGUGGUCACCAAAUCUCUGAUUGUAAAGGCUGAAGGAACUGAGAUGUCAAAGAACUACAACUGGCUGCUCUGUCCUAAAGGAGAGGCUUUAACAGAGGAAGUAGAACUACAGCUUCCUGAGAAUGUCAUUGAUGGAUCUGCUCGGGCUUCAGUGUCUGUCCUGGGGGACAUCCUGGGCCGAGCCCUGCAGAACCUGGAGGGACUCCUGCGGAUGCCGUAUGGAUGUGGGGAGCAGAACAUGGCUCUUCUAGCUCCCAACAUCUACAUCCUCCAGUACCUGAAGAACACACAGCAGCUGAGCCCAGACAUCAACAAGAAGGCAACAAACUUCCUCACCAGUGGUUACCAGAGGCAGCUGAACUAUAAGGACACCAACGGUGCUUAUAGCACAUUUGGAUCAGGACCAGGAAACACUUGGCUCACAGCGUUUGUGAUGAGGUGUUUUUCUAAAGCUCAGUCCUUCAUCUACAUUGACCCAAAAACGAUUGAACAGUCAAAGACAUGGUUGAUUAAAAAACAAAAGAAAAACGGCUGCUUUGAACAGUCUGGAUGUCUUUUUAACAACAGAAUGAAGGGUGGAGUGUCUGAUGAAGUGACUUUCAGCGCUUACAUCACUGCUGCCUUCUUGGAGAUGAACACAUCACCUGAUAGUCAGGUGAUAACAAAGAGCCUGUCCUGCCUCAAAGAGUCCAUCAGUGACCUCAGUAACACCUACACUACAGCUCUGCUGGCCUACGUCUUCACUCUGGCAGGAGACAUGGAGACUCGUUCUCUCCUUCUGCAGCACCUGGACAAAGUCGCAUCCAAAGAAGGAGGUUUCCUCUACUGGUCUCAGAGCUCAGAGGAAACUUCAGCCUCUCUGUCUGUGGAGAUCAGCUCCUAUGUGUUACUGGCCAAACUCAGUGCCUCACCUACAGCUGAGGACCUGGGCUACUGCUCCAGUAUCGUUAGGUGGCUGACGGGGCAGCAGAACCAGUAUGGAGGCUUCUCCUCCACCCAGGACACAGUGGUGGCUCUCCAGGCUCUGGCUCUCUACUCCGCUCUGGUGUUCAGUCCAACAGGUUCCAGCACAGUGACGGUCCAGUCUCCCAGUGGCCAGCUGACAUUUGAUGUGAACCAGAACAACAAGCUGCUGUACCAGGAGAAGACGCUGCAGCCUAUCGCAUACAGAUACAGCCUGAAUGUCAAGGGGAGUGCGUGUGCAUCAGUACAGAUUUCUCUUCAGUACAACAUCCCCACUCCCACUGAUGUCACCACCUUCAGUGUGGAGGUCACACCAGAGGUCAACUGCACCAUCAAAGCUCACAGACCCAAACUCAGUCUGAAGCUGAAAGUAGUAUACAGAGGAAAGUUGAAAAGCACCAACAUGGUGAUCCUGGAUAUCAAGAUGCUCUCUGGGUUUGUCCCAGAGCCAGAGUCUCUGAAGAGCCUCAAACGUGCAGACUUUGUGGAUCGUGUUGAACAAGAGGAAGAUCAUGUUCUGGUGUAUUUUUCAGAGUUAGUAAAGGAAACACCACACAACCACCAACUGGACCUUGUUCAGGAGAUCAAAGUCCAGAACCUGAAGCCGGCUGCGGUCAAGAUCUACGACUACUACCAGCCAAGUGACCAAGCAGAGACAGGAUACAUCUACACAUGUGCUCUACAAUAACAUGAAAAUUUACAUGGAAAUUUUCUAGAAUUACUCAAAAGAUGCAUGUCUUUGAAUAGACUGAGAAUGUGUAAUUUUUCAUUAAUUAGACUGAGCUGGAUAAAAUGUAGUGUGUUCACUGUUCAGGUCAAACUGAUUCCAGUUCCUUAAAAAGUGACUGUAUUAUUCAAAUGCUUGCCUUCUUGGUCUGUUUGUAAACAAAUGAUUUCUGCAUCACUUGCUUCAAAUUAAUUUUAAGUAAAUAAAAUGUGAGUGUGUGUGUGUA